AUUUUAGGGAUUUUAUCAUAAAGUUACCUCGUUUUUUCUCGAGAGAAAUUCUGCCACUUACUAUGACAUAAUACAUACUUGAAGUUAUUUCUGUAAUCCCAUGCAAAUUAAGAUUCAAUGGACUCCUCAACAUAAACCCUCAGUAUAUGCUUCAUAAGAAGCUCAUAGUAUUAGCUACCAUCAAGGAAUUGAAUGGCGAUGUAUUAUUACGCCAGUAAACUGAAUGAAGCUUCAUGUAGUGGUUGCAAUAUAAAAGUGCCCCCAGCACCAACGGAGCCAGCACCAGUUCCCCCAACAUCCAGUAAUCAUGCUUCUCUAACUUCUGACCCAACUUUAUUACACGGCACUGGACUUUCAUACUAUGAUAAUGACGAUUAUUACUCAAUGGUGAGAGGUAAUAAGUUUAUGUCUGAAAACUCAUGUAAGCACAUAGUAAUGAAUGGUGGCAUUAAUUUUGUAGCUACUCAAAAAGUUGAAGGUCCACAGUUGUCUACAGUUCUUACUCCUGGUGUAAAGGCUAUUCCAAAUCAUCCCUACACAAAUUGCACUACUGAAAAAUCAGACAUAGAAUAUAGAGAUGGUCAAAUUGUGAGCGCCACAUUAGAUACACUGGUGGAAAUGCUUCGUCCUGGGGCAAGCAAAUCUUUCACGUUUACAUUUUUACUAUGUUCUCGACUCUACCUAAAACCUCAUGAAUUACUCAGCAAACUUUGUAAACUAUAUUUCAGAAACUAUGACAAAGUAGGAAAGGCAGAAGUCAAAGAUUUAGUCGAAAAAGAAUUGAAUGACAUGAUAGCUCUUGUGAGAGUGCUCCGUCAGUGGACAAGCAUGUUUCCUUAUGAUUUUCGUGAUGAUAGAGUAAUGGCCCUGGUUCGUAGUAUUACACAAAGAUGUGCAGCAGAACAUAUGGAAUCAGUUCGAGUUGAAAUGUCAACAACUUUAGAGAAAUUACUCGACAAACUAACAGCUUUAGAACAGUAUGAAGAGUCACUAGUGGAUAUAACUCAAGUGUCUUCACUGGAUCAGCUGUCUCAGGGCGACAUCCUGACACUCGGUCUAACCCCUGUCGAGCUGGCCAAUCAACUUACCAUAGUGGAGUUGCACAGACUAUCGUUUGUCGGUCCCGAAGAAUUCGUUCAGACAUUUGCUCCAAUCCAUCCACCGCAGUCCACGUCUGCCUGUAAAACUUCUAUAAGCCUACAUCAUAUCGAUACUAAGUGCACGAGAAAUCUAGAAGCGUACGCCGAUUGGUUCAACAGGCUGAGUUAUUUAGUUGCAACGGAUAUAUUGAAGGGAGUGAAGAGUAAAUACAGAGCUCGGGUGAUUGAACAGUGGGUGAUGACUGGAAGAGAAUGUUUUAAUCUUGGCAACUUUAAUUCUCUCAUGGCCAUAAUCAGUGCACUGAACAUGUCUCCGGUCAUGAGAUUGAAAAAAACCUGGAGUCGAACGUCAGCGGUUUGCGGUCAACAGUUGAGGCAGCUCGAAUUGUGCGUUGAACCUACAGGAAAUCAUGCGCGAUAUCGUGCGGCCCUGGCGGCUGCUCCUACUGAAACAGCCGUGCCGUUGCUUUCUGUUACGUGUAGAGACUUGCAUUUUGCUAAUCAGGGAUCCCCUUCCAGGUUGUCCGGUAAUCGCGUGAAUUUUGAAAAGUGCGCCCUGUUGAGUAAGCACGUUAGUACGCAGUUAGCUAGCAGACGGCUCACCACUGAUCAGUCACCGACACCCGCGCCUCCUUCACCUCACCCCUCUGUCUGGAGAUACCUCAACGACAGACCUACUCUCACCGAACCAGCAUUGGAAUUGGUAUCGUUUGAACGCGAGCCCCCUGUUGAUCAUCUGGAGAAAGAACGACUAAAACGUCUUCGCGGCUCGAGCUAA